AUGGCCGACACACACACAGCUUCGGUAGAGGAGUGCAGCGCUGCUCGUUUGCCUCUUGGUUAUCGUGACCAGUGCUCUGCACUCUUGAUCCCGCUCAACAAAUGCAGAAAACAGACUUUGUACGCUCCUUGGAAGUGCGAGGAUGAACGCCACAUAUACGAAAAGUGCCAAUAUGACGACUUCAUCCGAAGACAACGCGAACUCUCACAACUCAAGAAAGCCAAGGCCGAAGCUGGUGACGACUAA